AACAGUGUUGUUAAGUGGAACAUUAAGUUUCUCCAUAACGCUCGUCCAUCGCCGAAGUUUCGCCAAAUUCUGUGUAUAUAUCACGAACCCUAAAUCAUUGGACACUCUGAACCAGAGCUCGGCUCCUCUCUCCAGCCAUGCCUUUCAAAAGAUAUGUGGAAAUUGGAAGCGUGGCUCUGGUUAACUAUGGCAAAGACUACGGCAGGCUUGUUGUGAUCGUAGAUGUUAUUGAUCAAAACAGGGCUUUAGUUGAUGCCCCUGAUAUGAUUCGAUGCCAAAUGAACUUCAAGCGGCUCUCGCUUACCGAUAUCAAGAUUGAUAUCCCUCGAGUGCCCAAGAAGAAGUCUCUCAUCGCAGCAAUGGAUGGAGCUGAUGUAAAGAACAAGUGGGAGAGGAGUUCAUGGGGACGGAAACUGAUUGUGCAGAAGCAGAGAGCUUCACUCACCGACUUUGACAGGUUCAAGGUCAUGUUGGCGAGAAUUAAGAGGGGAGGCCUGAUCAGGCAAGAACUUGCCAAAUUGAAAAAACAGAAUUUGUCGUGAGGCAGUGCCUCCUUUGACAGAUGAGGAUGUUCUUACAAGUUUUGAUAGACGAGGUUUUUGUGCUGCAUGUACUGGCAUUCUUUAGAGGUUUCUUUAUUUCUUUAUUGGAGGUUUGUUUAUUUCAAACCAUCUAUAGAGCAUGUUUUUGUGCUGCAUGUAGCGGACAUUCUUUAGAGGUUUCUUUAUUUCUUUAUUGGAGGUUUGUUUAUUUCAAUCUAUCUAUGGAGCAUAUUUGUCUCUGAAUGAA